AUGAAGUAUAGCAUUUUCAUCCUUGCCACUGGCCUCGGACUUGCCAGUUCCACAACCUUACGAUCUGCUACGGAUCCCAUACUAUCUGCUACGGAUCCCAAUACGGGAACCCAGAAAGGUAACUGCAAAGUUAAAACGAAUCAAUGUGUUGUUCCAGGCUAUAAACUUCAUGGAACCAAUACACAAAUUUGGGUAAUGGCGACGGUUGAACGAGAAUGCGGUUCGAAUUUCAAAUGUACAAUAGAUCAAGGCGGUUGUUCUGUUGACUUUGACGCCAAACAGGCCUUUUGUUCAGUUGAGGGUAAAAAUCCUUCAUUCGGGACGCAGUCCAACAAGUCACCCAAGCCCAAGCAACCAGCCAAACCCAAGCAGCCAGCCAAGCCCAAGCAGCUAGCUAAGCCUAAGCAGCUAGCUAAGCCCAAGCAGCUAGCUAAGCCUAAGCAACCAGCCAAGCCCAAGCAACCAGCCAAGCCCGCGCCCAGGAAAGUUCGACGCAACCUACGCACUAGGAGAAGCGUUGGUAGACAUUAA